UCCCUCCAAAAUAGACAAAAGCACAAACCAUAAACUAAUCAGGGAGGCUGCCCAGAGAACUACUGCAACAUUAAAGAAGCUACAGGAAUAUCUGGCAAGUACUGGACAACAAUCUGUCAUAUUUUUCAGAUGUCUGGGCUAUGGGAUAGGGUGGCUAGAUGGAAGCCCUAGUUGGAAACCAAAUCCAAGCCUGCCUAAAUUUUGCCAAACCAAGUGGCAAUAUUUGUUAUGGUCUGAUGAAACCAAGGUCGACUUUUCUGGGCAUAAUUCUAAAAGUUAUUUUAUGUGCAAAAACAAGACAGCUUACCACCCAAAGAAUCCCAUACCCACGAUGAAGCUUGGGUUGGCAGCAUCACACUAUGGGGCUGCUUGUCUUUAGCUUCAGUCAAGAUAGAGAAAAUGCAUGGAUAGCUCCAAGUACCAAUCUAUUUUGGCACAAAACCUGCUGUUAGACAGCUGAUGGUGAACAAAAAUGUUACUUUCCAGCAUCUGCAAUUUUAGCAGCAUGUGUAGACAUUUCCACUGUAUGAUGAGUCGCAAACGACGCAUAGGCUUACAUUUUUGACCAUCGUUAUUUGUUCAAAUAAACAUAUUUUACACCGUUUUAUUCUGCUAGUCAGUAGAUUACUAAACCAUCCUGGGCCCCAGAUGCAGCCUGGGCUCAGGACAGCUUCCUUGGCUAUCCCCCUGUGACUGUAAGACUGAUGGUAUUGCUUAUUUCAAUUAGUAACACCCACAAAACUUUAUAAAAGGCAAAGCUCACAGAACUGAAAACAACAAAAUGAUGACAAAGCAGUGAAAGUGCACAGUAUGCACUAAAUCCUCUGGCUCAGCCACUGCAGCAUGUCAGCUACCAUAGACCAUUGGAGGGCAUGGUGGCUUAGUGGUUAGCACGUUUGCCUCACUUUCAAUGUUGGGGUUUGAUUCCCACCUCCACCCUGCAUGCAUGGACUUUGCAUGUUCUCCCAGUCCAAAUACGUGUGAUGUAGGCUGUAGCAUCUCUAAAUUGUCCAUAGUGUGUGAAUGGGUGUGUGAUCUAGGGUGUCCCCUGCCUUGUGCCCCAAGUCCCCUGGGAUAGGCUCCAGGCUGCCCAUGAGCCUGCAUAGGAUUAUUGAUGGAUGGAUGUACCCAGUGGCCCAGUGUGUGAGAUGGCUUUUCCAGUAAUAAUAGUACUAACCUGACAGAUUGUUGGAGUGGAUUAAUUCACAGUUGUGUGUAUAUGUGUAUGUGUGAUCAAGCCAGUAAGAUCUGUCUUGCCAAAUCCUCGUUGCCAUAGUUACUUUUUUCACUACAAUUCAAGCCAACAACUAAAAGGAACCUGUUGCAGUGUUUGAGAAGAUGCAUAAAACCAGAUUGAUUGGAUUUUCUGAGACAACUCAGAUUCAUUCCUUAUGCUAAACUGAUUUUAAUUGUUGAGGUUUUUUUUGUUUUUUUUUUUACUAAAACUACAAUAUUUUGCCUGGAUUGUUUGUAGUAAACAGAAAUUAAUCAGAUGAGUAUCAAAAUCAAACUGGGUGGAUUGGAUGUGUAAUUCUUUAUAUAACUGACAUAUAACUCAGUUGUGGUAAGGUUACAAAUCCAAAUUGUAUUUUAUUAUAAUGAAAUAUACUGUAGAAAUUUAAUAUGGCACUUAAUAUAGAAAAUAUUGCUUUCUCUCAUUUCUUUCCAUGGUAGAUGUCUGAAAAAUGAAAUACCAUGACAAAUAGUUCCAUUUUUGACAGCACUUUUGCCCAUUGACACUGAAUAAUGAGAACAAAUCACCAUCAUUAGAGAGAGAGAGAUGUGUGUUCAUGGCUCUAGCCUUGAAGCCUGCAUUAGUGCACACUGUAGAGUCACUAAAUAGCAAGCCUGCUGAUGUCAUCGGGAGUAGCUCUAUUGGAAAUAAGAAAUAUUCCUUUAAAUCAUCUUCACUAGAUCUUCUGAGAGACAGCGUGUGUGGUUCACUGGUGGAACGUUUUGCAGACAGUAACAUGUCGGAAUACAGCUCUUUGCUGAGCGACCUGUGCGAGAACAUCACUAACGAGGAUCUGGAGCAGCUGAAAUCGGCCUGCAAGGAGGACAUCCCUGAAGACCAGAGCAACUCCAUCACCUCGUCCAAAGAGUGGUUCAGUUACCUGGAAAAAAAUGAUAAGCUAGCUCAGGAUAACCUCUCCUACAUUGAGCACAUCUUUGAAAUCUCACGACGGCCUGAUCUUUUGACACGGGUCAUUGAGUACCGUACAACAGUGCUGAAGAUCUCAGAAGAUGAUGAAAUUGACACUAAACUCACACGGAUCCCAUCAGCCAAGAAAUACAAGGAUAUAAUUCGCCAGCCUUCAGAAGAUGAGAUUAUCAAGUUGGCUCCUCCCCCUAAGAAAGUCUGAGCUUGAAGUUUGUGACCUUUCUUCUUUGUCCAUGGCACUCCACCUUGUCAAAUCAUCUUCAGCUCUCAUCUCUAAACCCCGCAUUGUCCCACUUGCUCACCAGAAGCCAUCACCCAAACAACUAAACAGCCAAUUGAAUUGGCAAAUGCUUCAAAGCCACAUUCUGAAGCCUGGAGGCUCGAGAAGUUUUGAAAUCUGGAAGAAGGUGAAAGAAGGAGUAAGAGAAGGAAAGAUGUAAUGGACCAAUAGUUAGUGUUUGCCGUGAGUGUCACUGAGAUUGUGAUUCCUGCUAUGGAAAAUUGUUGUCAGUGAGUAUGUAAGCGAAUGUGUGUGUGAAUGGAAGAGAAUUUUUUUCUGACCAUAGAAAUGUUGAAUGCAACAGUGUAGUCUCAGCAGCCCGAGUAACCGAGAACUUUUCACAUAUCUAAUAUGGUGAUAAAUCUUCCAGCCUGUUUCUUUUCAACUAUGCUACUCUUAGUAAUAGUGUAAGUACAGUUCACUUGGCUGUAGAUUCCCUUUAAAACUCACAAGUUAACAACCUGCAAAACUGUUUAGAAUUUAGUGGCAAGAAUCAUUUGAUAAUUGCAAAGCCAACAUUUGCCUUCCGUAGAGACACAUUACAUGUGUGCAUGAUUAGAUCUGUUUAAAUUUAAAUUAUUAUUUUUUUUAAUUAUUUCUUUUGUUUAUUUAUCCUAAGCAUUGUAUGAUUAAUAGCUUAUAUCGCAUAUCAAACAUAUCAUGAGGGUUACCUGUUUUCCAGAUAUUGAUAAGAAUGCCCAUAUUAAAGUUUCAUUGGCAUAUAUAUUGGGAUUUUAGAUUUAAAUACCUCAAACAUAAACAGUGUUUGUGAUUGAGGAUUAAACAGUGACCGAAAAUACAUCAUUCCAUGUAAUUUUAUUGGCUUCACGCUCAUAAAAUGACAACUUUUGCACAAGCACAGGGCUUGUUAGGGCUUAAUAUAAUGUUGAGUUUGUAUAUUAUUUUAAAUCAUAAACUGUGAAUGAAUUAUUUGUACUUCUCAGCAUACUAUACAUUUACAUGAAAAUGUCAUAAGAUGCAUAAUUAGAAAUCUGAGAAAUCUGAUGGACAUUAGCAUUACAAUUAACAAUGUAAUAAUUCAGAAUUAUAUAAUUACUGUACUAAAGUAAACAAGCACUGACUCCAAUUGGGGCAUCAGGGGUGGAUAAAUCACAAAUUUAUUAGCUAGUUCACCAGUGAAGUGGAAGCGCUAAUGUGGUGUUUUGGUGAAUCUAACUGACUAGGCUAGAAAGUGGUAGCUCACAUAAUGUAACAUAUGGCCAGCUAGUUAAGUACAUUAAUACAGACUAAGGGAAUGAGUUGAGUAUAUGAACUAAAACUGUAACCAUAAUCCUUAUCCUAUGAUAAAGUUUGCGAUGUAUCACAUUGUUUUUGCGACCUCAGCAAAAAAGUCAGCAAGUCAUCGGUGAAUGUUUUCUAUAAGCUGUAAUGUUGAUUGGAGUCUGAUGUCUUUAUUUUAUAAUAUGUUUAGUUGUGACGUGACUGCUGUCAACCAGAUUGCCUUGGCUAAUGUGUGCAAUAGGCGGUGGUAUUCAAGGUGUCGCAUGAAAAUCAAAUGAAAACUUUUGUUUUGCGAAAGUAGUAAGGUUUUAUUUUAUUUCUUUGGUUGUUUAACCUACUUGUCUGCUGGGCAGCAAAGGAAAACAAACAAACAGCCCAGAUAGAAAAUCAGCUUGUCCUGGGCUAGUGAUUUGUCCACCCCUGGUUUAAAAUCCUAGCAAAUAAUAUGGGGUUCCAGCACUGCUGGUGCUUGGACCCCUAAUAAACUGUCAUAUAUAGUAUAGGAAACUGAAACGGUCUCUGAAAUGAAUUAGUAUUUCUGAAUUAAUGUACUAUCAAAAACAUUUUGACAAAAAAGUGCAUCUUCAUCCUCCAAGCCAUCAUAUGAUCUUGUCCAGUUGCAGAAAGACUGUUGAUUUAAAAUUAUUUAGCUAAUAUUAGCCAAUAUUUAGCUAGAUCACUGUGUCUCUUUUGCCCAGCCUCAACAGACUGUUGCUUUUGCUAUGCUAAAUACCAGUAUGCAUUCAUAUGACAUUAAGUGCUAGAAUAAUUGCUGAGUAAAUAAUGUUUUCGUGUGUAUGCAAUUGUGAUGUUCUUUUUACAGCUAGUGUUAAAUGUCAGCACUUGCAGGGUAUAUGUGGUCCCCAAAAAUCCCCUAGACCUUAACUAGGUUUGUGUAACAACAACAAAGUCCAAUUUAUACCUAUCCUCUCCUCUCCUUGUGCCAACAAACAAAAUGUAUUUUUGGAUUGGUUUACUUGUAGUAAACCUUUGUGUUUUGAUUUAUAUUGCUAGCUAUUUUCAUGUGAUUUUGUCUGGCAAAUUGUAGAUAUCAUAAGUUGAAUUUUGCCUUUAGAAUUCUCCAGUUGGACUGUGAUAAACUUGAUCCGAAAUAUCUUCAGAGUUUGAUGUUAAUUGGUUAUGUAGUAUUAAGCAUUGUUGCAAGUAUCGUCUUUGUUUCUAUGAAGUACUUUGGUCAUACUGUUCUGUAACCUUGGUUGCCAAGUCUAACAGAUGGAGUAAGUGAAUUCAUGAUUUGAUGCCUUCUGAUAACAAAUACCUGGUAGAUCUGUGAUUACUUGUCAGAACGUAUCAGGGGUAUUCAACUAAAACUUGUAAAGGACCAGUUUCAUAAAAUUCAUUUCUUACAUAGGGCUGGAUAAACAACUCAUCUGACUGAACGGCAUCAACAAUUACAUUUUAAUGCUUAACCAUUAAUGAUUAGUUCAUGGAUAAAAAUAAGACAAUUUGAAUAACAUGUUUGUUUUUUUCGCAGUGGUGCUUCACGUUACCACUUUUGACUAGUCCCACAGAUUCUUAACAGAUGACAUACAUCGUUUUGAAGUAUGUGUUUAUUCUCCCUGUGUGAAAUUAAAAACAGAUGCUUAUCCAGACCUUUGUAAGCAAGACUUUUUUUAAACAUCAGAUUGGAUUGACAGUACGCUUUUUAUUAAGGAUUGUGAAGAAUCGCCUACCAAGUUCAGUCUGACGGUUGGAGGUUUUAGUUGUUUUACUGUUUUCCAGCUGUGUAUGUAAGUUUCAAUGUUUGUGACCAUGUGAUAGUUUUUGCUGUUUAAUCUUCAACUGGGUAGUUUAAGAAGUCUGAAUCUUUGCACAUAUAAGCCAAUUUAAUAUAAUUCAUUUGGUUUAUUUGCUUUAAAACCGGUGUAAUGUUCUGCUUAUUUUAUUACCUAGUGUGAAAGUAAAUCUAGACUUUGUCCUACAUGGUUAGUCAUUUUUGAUGUCUGAUCAUUUAUCAGACUGCCACAAGCUAAUCAAUCCUAUUUCAUGCAACAACAACAACAAAAAUUGCUACAAGCGAGGUCAAUUUUAUUGUAUAAAUUAGACAUGCCCCAACUGUAACUCUUACAAAUUUACAAUUAAUCAUGAUAUAACAACUGACACCAACGAAAUGGGCCUUGAAAUGUCCUUACUUUAUUUUUAUAUAUCUUGUCAGUCUGUGGGCAGUUCACAGUAACAGCUUGAAUCAUUGGUCACACUGCUUAGGCUCAGAUUGCAUUUGUAAAUCCCAGCUUGUACCUGUUACUGUAGCUCUGACUUGCCAAGACGCUGACGAAUCAGUUAGUUAAUAACCCUUUUGGAAAAGUCAUGGGCAGCAUUUCAAUACUAUUUUUAACACACCAUCACCUUCCCUGAGCCAGAAUCCCUGUUGCCCUCUUAAAGGAAAAGUUCACCCUGUAACACAUUAAACAUGUUUAUAUUGAAAUAUUUGGUUUGUGUUUAACAAUCCUUGUGCUCAUUUGUGCUCUAUUUUUAUUAUUCCUAUGAGUAUGUGCUCCGCUGAUGUCACGGUGGACAUUACUAGUGCAGUUACAAUUGUAUUUAAUAGGAGAAACAAAUUUGAACAAUCUCAAACCUAAGGGAUAACAGUUAGCUUUCACUGUUGGCUCCUAAAAACAAAAGCGCAAUAAUAAUUUCUCACUCACCAAUUUUCAGCAACAUUCAACAUCAUAUUAAUGAGCAUUCCAACAUAGAAGUUACAGAAUGAGAUGCGGCUACACAACACAGUUGUGCUGAGUACAGCAGAGUCUUGGUUCCGCUAGUGAACAAACGAUGAGAUGACGAGUGUGAUGGCAUUGGUGGUGGUAUUAGCAUGAAAGCUUUGAAGCUUUGGAAGCUGAUCUGUUUGAACAGAGUGCACAGAUGGGAAUGUGAUAGAGCUGGACUGACUAAAAGUCUAAAGCUCUGCUGCAUCGCUCCCUUUAGGUAGACAUAAAAUGAGAACUAAUCCCACUGGCGCCACUAUCAGCAGGUAGUUGAAUGGCAUUGUGGGUAAUGUGGGAAACUGUUAAGCAAAGUGAAAAUAGACAGCCAUGUCAAUGAGCGAAGUUUAAACAAAAAAAGUUUAUAUUAUCAUUAUAAAUAGUAACACGCAAGUCAUUUAGGGUGUAUUUUUCCUUUAAGAGUCGUUCCAGUACUGUAUUCGCUCAAUGCCAAGAAGUGUAUUAGAUGAGCAAUAAGACAUUUGUGUUGUGUUAUGUAGACAAGACUACUCAAUCUAAAUAAUACCGUAAUACAUGACUUUAUUCUACUAGCUAGUUAGGAAGCUAGCUAAUUAACACAGUCAGCAAACCAGCUGGUUUGCACACUGCAUAAAUUGGAAGAAGUGUACAUAUGGCUAAGUUAUAUGCUCAUAAUUCACAUGGGAUGUCAACAAGGGUGUGUUAAAAACAGUAUAGGAAGGCAAGGAUAAUUACGUGUCUAUAAAGUUAAUCCGGUUUUAGUCCCUAUAUGAUCAUUGUACAUUAAUGCAAACCAUUUUAUAUGAAUGCAAACCAAUUGCUUUGCCAGGUUCACAGUAUGAAAUUAGUCGGUACUGAUAUAGCUCUAUGCAGAUAACACAUAGUAUGGCACUGUGCAUAUUUGUUACAUAUGUUCCUAGCAUUUCUUGGUCAUUGUACCUCAACAUGCAAGUAAUAUGUGAACUUGGUAUUUGUGAUUGGGCAUAUAAUUGACCAAUAGUUUAAAAAAUUUGAAUUUGACAUUUCUAGUGUAUAAUGGACAACAUCUUAAACGUAAGAGCACGAGAAGGUCCUACUGUCAAAAUGUCAUAUUGGCAAAUUGGAUUUCAUGACAUUAAGAACAUAUCGACUUUAACAAUGCUGCAAAAAACAUCUAACGGUAAAAGUGAGCCGUUAUCGGCUUAUGACUGACCCACACAGUGUUUCAUUUUAGCAUUAGCUUUAUUACAGAAAAAAAAAGUCUAGAGCAAACAAAAAUCUAAAUAUAAUAACCUUUAAAAAUUAUUUUUCAGUUAUUUAAACUUAAAGUAUUUUUUAUUAAUCAAAAGAUUUUUCCAAUUCUGGCUGAUGUGUUCACCUUUAGGUAAGUUGUAAAUAUAUAUUCUGAAUUUAUAGCAGUGUGUUUUAUUAUUGAUUUAUUUAUUUAAUGCAAAUGUAUUUUUGGUUUUUAUGUACUGAAAUUUGCUUACUAACUGGAAAAUAUGAGAAUGUGUGUCAAUUAAUAGUUGCAAUGAAUCUGACGUGUAUUGAGCCUGAUUUUGCUAUUAUUUCAAUUGGAAAAAAGACAAGUUUUUAUUUGGGAGUCUUGCCUCAGGAUUUUUUUGCUAUCUGGCAGUAAUGCUUUCUCUUUUGAUACUCCUGUUUGGUCUUAUUAUUUUCAUCCUCUGAUUGCUAUGAAAUUUCAAUUUCAUUUUAAAACCGAAUCAGACUCUGUAAUUGGCCAUCUGUAGCCAUCAAACUUGGGGGAAAUAUAGCUACUUUAUUUUCUCACUACUUCAGUACUGAAUCCAUUAAUGUAUUUUUGUUUCUAUUCUACCUUCUGCUUAAUAUAUAUAUUUGUCUUGAUAUAAGACAAUUUUUCUUUCUUAUUUUAUUCUAGUAUUUUUGUUACAGUGAUGUCAGAUCAUUUGUAGUUGAUCAUUUCUGACUAUGCUUGUUUUGCUAACGCGACAGGAUUCAAACAUGAUUUUGCUUGUAGAUAAAUUAGAACGUAUUUGAUAAUAGUCUAGGAAGCUGUAUGAUGGUUAUGUGUUAUUAACAAGGUAAACAUAGAAAACAUGGAGAGAUGAUCAGAGUGUAAGCCUCAACUAACAGGAAAAUGUUCAUAUUUAAAAAAUUAGAUUGGAAAAUGGAAAAUUAGCCAAUAACUUUUGCACAUAAAGUUUUGCUAAAGGCAUUAUGAAAGGUAGAGUCCUUUAAUAUAGCGAUUUUAGAAAGGAGCCAGUAAUGAAUUACCUGUUAUAGGAGCUCUAGUUAUAGGAGCACUAGUUAUAGGAGCUCUAGUUGGGUAUGUCGAGAGUUUUCAUAUGCUGAAAUACAAUUCCUUGCAUAAGUAUUCACCCUCUUUGAACUUUUCAAAAUUUUAUACUGUUAUAACCUGGAGUUAAAAUGGGCUUACUUCGGAUUUUUACCUUUCCAUUUACACAAUAUGUCUAACAUUUGAAGCUGCAAAAUAUAAUUUUGUAACACACAGGUUAAUUAAACAAACAAACAAAAAAACAGACAUUUGUUGGUUCCAUAAGUAUUCACCCCCUGGGUCAAUUAUAGUUGAUUAGUAGUCUGCGGGAAUACAUUACGUCUCCGUUAGCUUUGCACCUCUGGAUCCUGAUAUGUUUGCAAAAUUGCUCAAGCUCUGUCAAUCUGGAUGGUGAACAACAAUUUUUAAGUCUUGCCACAGAUUCUUAACGGGCUUUGACUGAGCCAUUCUAACAUAUUCAGGUUCUCGGUUUUGAACCGUUCCUGUGUUGGAAAAGGUCACGGGGCAGGGGGAUACUCACGCAAGGCACUGUAAGUUCACUUGAUUUUUCUUCAGUACCAAGAAAUAAAUAUCAUAUCAUUAUUAUUAUUAGAAGCCAUAAAGGAUUUUUAUAUGUGAAAUAUUUCAAGAGAUAUAAAGUUUAAGUUAUCUUCUCCUGCUUUGGUAUUAUGCCAAAUUAGUCUGCUUAGAGACUGUACAGAAACACUUGAUCACAAAUCAUGCUGUAAAUACAGCAUAUAUUAAACAGAACGUUAAAGGCAAGAGUGCUGCAGUGUGUGUGUGUGUGUGUGUGUGUGUGUGUGUUUAUGAGUGUGUUUUGAGGUGCUCAGUGCAGUGCUAGGCCCAUGUGAGUGAAAAUAAGCAUGAGAUUGUUACAUGCCAUGCUGAAAUAAGUUAUAAUACAAUAGAUGUGUCUUAGGUAUUGGUUUUCCAAUGAGUUCUGGCACAUAUUAUUGACAUGGAAUUGUUCCUGGCAAGACAUGCUUAUGGUGUGAUAUUUAUAUUGCAUUUGCAGCACUUUUUCCUUUUCAAGGGUCAUUUAGAAAUACAACCCCAAUUCCAGUUGGGAGCUGUGUAAAAUGUAGAUAAAAACAGAAUGCAAUGAUUUGCAAAUCUCAUAAACGCAUAUAACACAUGGGUUUAUAUGGGCUUAUGAGAUUUGCAAAUCAUUGCAUUCUGUUUUCAUUUACAUUUUACACAGUGUCCCAAAUUUUUUGGAAUUGAGGUGGUAAAAAAAAAUUAUGGAGCCUCAACUUGCAUGUAAGGUUGCAACCAACAAUUCAAGUGCAUGGCUACUAAGGUCUGCUAAGUGCAUCAUCCAGCCCUGACCACAUGCCAUUUGAUUAUCUGCUCUCCAGAAUUAACUUGUUUCCUUCAACAAUGACACAAAUCUCAACAUUGAAGUGAUGACUUCUUGAAUUCUAGCAUAUUUUUAUUUGAGAAUCUUCAGCCAGGAUCUUAUUGGAAGUCCCAAUAAAUGAUUGAAGUAGAGUAUUAAGAAUUUCCUGAAGGAUCCUGUUGCACAUGACUUGAUCAGAUUUUUUUUUUUCUUAUGCUGAUUAUUUUGAUAUGCAUCUCUUAAUAGUUUAUAAUUUUCCUGACAUCAAACUGCUUAACGUUUUUACGGGCUGUAUGCUGUUUUAUUUUAUUUCAUUUUAUUUUCUUGAGGACAGCUAUUUUGCAAUUAUAAUAAACAAAAUAUAGAUGUAGUAUGAAAAAUGAAUAAUACAUUUAUGAAGUAAAUUAAACUGAAAUGAUGCCAUUAUGUCAUUGUGCUGAAAUCUGUAUAAAUAUUUAAUUAUAUAUUAUAUUAAAAUACAUUUGCUAACCUAUA